GUGUGCCAUCCACGGUGGGAAAUUAAUGACAAAUCAACACACUCUCUCUCUCUCUCUCUCUCUCUCUCUCUCUCUCUCUCUCGUAUGGAGGAUACUGUAUUUCAUUAAAAGGCUACGAACUUGGAAGCCAUUGUAAACUUUCAGCCAUGUUUUAUAAGCUCCUAAUGUGGUUUCUCCUCAUGAGACUCGCUGCUUCUGAAGGAGAUGACGAUUUCAUUUACAACGGAUUCCGUGGCGCUAACAUGAGUCUGGAACGUGCAGCAAAGAUCACAUCCAACGGCCUCCUGGUUCUCACCAAUUCCGUACUUCAAACAGGCCUCGCCUUCUGCCCCAUUCCCCUUCAGUUCAAACCUUCUCACGGUAUAACUCAAUCUUUCUCUACCAAUUUCGUCUUUGCGUUCGUGCCCCAGUAUCCAAACGUGAGUAGCUUUGGGGCCAUCUUCGUGAUCGCACCUUCAAAAGAGUUCCCAGAAGGUCAACUCGGCCAAUACAUGGGCAUCUUCAAUCCGAAGAGCAUCGGCAAUUCAUCGAAUCACAUAGUUGCCAUUGAGCUCGACACGGUCCUUGAUCCAGAAUUCGGUGAUACCAAUGAAAACCAUGUCGGAAUCGACAUCAAUGGCUUAAAUUCCAUCAAAUCUGCUCCUGCAGCUUACUUUAGUAAUGUGAGCGGCGGUUUGAAGAAUCUAAGCCUUAUAAGUGGAGAACCGAUGGAUGUUUGGAUAGAAUACAAUGGUGUCCAGAACCAACUCAAUGUAACAAUAUCUCCUAUCGACGUACCCAAACCUGAUCGUCCACUUUUGUCAUUGAUGGUGGAUCUUUCAUCGAUUGUGUUAGAUGAUAUGUAUAUCGGUUUCUCUGGAUCAACCAGGACGGCUCCAGUAUCUCAUUACAUCUUGGGAUGGAGCUUUAAGAUGAACGGUCGCGCUCGGGCCCUUGAUCACCGGCACCUUCCUAGGCUUCCGCGAAUAGGACCCAAAAAGAAAUCAGAGCUUUUAAAAAUUGGGUUACCCGUAAUUGUGCCAUUUUUUACGUUAGCAGUCAUCUCAGCCAUCGGUCUCAUCGUGAGAAGAAAGAUUAAGUUCGCUGAAGUACUAGAGGACUGGGAACGCGAGUACGGGACCCAUCGGUUCUCGUACAAGGAUCUAUUCAAGGCUACCAAGGGCUUCACAGACAAACAGCUCCUGGGGGUCGGAGGUUUUGGGAGGGUUUACCGAGGAGUUUUAUCAGCCUCGAAGAUCGAAGUGGCCGUGAAGAGAGUUUCUCAUAAAUCACGACAAGGGAUACGUGAAUUCAUAUCUGAGAUUAUAAGCCUGGGCCGUCUCCGUCACCGGAACUUGGUCCAACUUCUCGGCUAUUGCCGGCGAAAGAGAGAGCUCCUACUAGUCUAUGAUUUCAUGCCCAAUGGAAGUCUGGACAGGUUCCUCUUCGACCAUCCAAAAUCAAUGCUGAGAUGGAGCCAUCGGUUUGGGAUAAUCAAAGGAGUAGCUUCAGCGCUUCUCUACUUGCAUGAGGAAUGGGAGCAGGUGGUCCUUCACAGAGAUAUCAAAGCCAGCAAUGUUUUAUUAGAUAGCGAGAUGAACGGUAAAUUAGGCGACUUCGGACUCGCCAGACUCUACGAUCAUGGGGCUGAUCCACGGACGACCCGCAUUGUGGGGACUUUUGGAUAUCUUGCACCGGAGCUGACCUGGACCGGGAAGGCCACCACAAGCACUGAUGUGUUUGCAUUCGGAGCUCUCAUGCUCGAGGUUGCUUGCGGGAAGAGGCCUAUCGAUCCUCGAUCAUUGGCGGAUGAGGAGAUGUUGGUCGAAUGGGUGUCAAAAUGCUGGAGGAGAUGGACGAUUCUGGCGGCGGCAGAUCCGAAACUAGGACUUGACUAUGAGGUGGAGGAGAUGGAGUUGGUGCUGAAGCUUGGAUUGUUGUGCUCGCAUCCUUCGUCGGCUGAGAGGCCGAGCAUGCGGCAAGUAAUGCAGUUUUUGGACCGAGAUGCACCUUUACCUGACCUCUCAUCCGAUGGUUUGGGUGCGGCGAUCCUGGCGGUGGGCCAUUAUAUGGGGUCCCAUGAUCUACGCUUGUCAUAUCCUUCUUCUUUGGAGCAGGGGUUGGCAAAAACAGCAUCGGUUGAAGAAUCGGUACUCUCCGGUGGCCGUUGAUGGACGAUGAUAAGGUGCGAGUAUGCCUUGAAUUUACGAAUCGAUGAAAGGAAGCGGAUUGGCUGAUACACCACACACCAGCUAUAUAGCUACUGUAUUCACGUCGGCAAGUUCUGUGGAUCACAUCAUCAGGUAUGUAUUAUAUCCAAACCGUCCAUCCAUUUUACGAGCUCGUCUUAAGGCUGGACCCGAAAAAUAAGACAGAUCUAAAGAUCAAGUGGACCACAUUUC